AUGUCGAACGCAUUAUUUUCCUUCGUCAGUAAGCGCGUGCUUGGCGAAACCGCGAAGAAUCGCUUUGGAAUGGAGGAUCCCUAUUUUGAAGAGGUACCUGCUUCUCGGCUCGGUCGCACAUUUGGCAAGAAGAAGCAAAAGCGCCGCAAGGCUAUUCCUCCAGGACUGUCUGAACACGAUGCCAAGGUUCUCACCAAAGUCAAGCGCCGAGCAUAUCGUCUGGACUACUCCUUGUUCAAUCUCUGUGGUAUUCGAUUCGGCUGGGGCAGUGUUAUUGGCCUUGUUCCAUUCAUCGGAGACGCCGGAGACGCCGCUCUCGCCAUGAUGGUUGUCAGAUCGUGUGAUGGAAUCGAAGGUGGACUCCCUUCGCGGCUGCGAUGGAUGAUGAUGAUGAACGUGGUCAUUGACUUCGUCAUUGGACUGGUGCCUUUCAUCGGUGACCUCGCAGAUGCGAUUUACAAGUGCAACACGAGAAAUGCUGUCCUCCUUGAGAAACAUCUGCGCGAAAAGGGCGCAAAGUCUCUGUCUAGGCGAAAUAGUUCGAGAAGAAGCAGUUCAGCCAGACGACACGAACGGGGCUCGCGACGGGAACAGCGCGUAAUCGAUCACAGUCUUCCAGAUGAAUUCGAUAAACAGGAACAGGAGAGUGGUGUGGUGAACAGCUCCCCGCCAACAUAUUAUGACGAGCAUGGUUCUGCCGGGCAUAGAAACACCGAGGACGCUCAUCCAACCAGACCUCCUCCUACUAAACAAGCCCGGCCCAACCGAUCUGUCACCAGAUGGUUUGGUGGAGCGAGUCAUCCGCAGGAAGACCCAGAGCGUGGACUCUGA